UGCCAGUUAUUAUUAACAAAGUUCUAGGGAUUUAGCAUCGGAUCAUUCUAGAAGACAGAAUAAUCGAGCAUAUGGAGCAUAAGGAAAUCGGAGAUUCGAUGUCCGAGACCACCAGUGAGAGGGAUUUAUCAGUUUCCGAUUCGGAAAGUGGCGUUUGUGGCUCCACUGCUCCGGAAUUCGAGUCCUUCGAAAAAAAUGGACUGAUCAGAUUGGAAGAAGGAGAUAAGGAGCACGACUUCAUCAAGAACAAAUUCAUGUUGGGUUUGGGACCUCUUGAAAGGCAUACCACGGUUGUCACCGUUCACAAGAAUUCUUUCUCUAGUUUUCAUAGAAAAGCUCGACUGCAAUCGUUCAAGAUCUUCUCGGAAGCAAUGUCUCGGAAGUGCAAUGGCAAUGCUAACAUAAAGUACGCUUGGUAUGGAACUUCGAGGGAUGGGGUUCAUAGGAUCAUUUCUCACGGAUUUGGUCAGUGUGGAAACCCUGAUAACAACAGGUUGCAUGGCUGCGGACUUGAUCUUUCCCCAGAGAAUUCUUCUAUUGAGAGUGUGAUAGCCUCCGACCUUGAUAAAAGUGGUUUACGAUAUUUGUUGCUUUGUCGUGUGAUCUUGGGAAAUAUGGAGGAAAUCCUUCCUGGUUCUGGGCAGUUCCAUCCUAGUUCUGAGGAUUUUGACUCUGGAGUUGAUAAUCUGCCUGCUCCUAGGAGAUAUAUUAUCUGGAGUACACACAUGAACAGUCACAUCUUGCCUGAAUACAUCAUAAGUUUCAGGGCUCCUCCUUGCUUGAAAGGGUUUCAAAGGACACAAGAGCAUGUGGUAAAACCCACAUCUGCUUGGAUGCCGUUUCGGACUCUAAUAUCAGUACUUUCGAGGUUCUUGGCUCCCAGUUCCAUUGCUUUCAUUGAGAAGUAUCACAAUGAUUAUAGAGAGAAGAAGAUCACUCGACAGCAUCUGAUACAGCGGGUGAGGCAAAUCGCUGGGGACGAGUUGCUUGUCUCAGUAAUUAAGUCUUGCAAGGGCAAGCAAUCGAAAGCUACAAUGGGUAUUUCACCAAGCAGCAGCUCAAAGUAGUGCAGUGGAGACUUGGAGCACACAUGGAACAUGGCUGAUUGUUGUUAUAUCAAUACACAAAAAAUUCUUUUGGGAAAGGAAAGAGAAAGCAUCUACAUGUACAGCCACAGGAGAUCUAUAGGUUAUGAGUUUUGAUUAAACAAACAACAAAGAAGAGGUUAAAAGAUGCAGGUGACUUGGUUCUCAUUUUGCUGACUUGUUCUGAAGAUGUAACAGAGGUGGCAAUGGUGGGGGCUUUUAUGUCUUUGAUGUAAGAGCUACUGAUGCCUGAGUGGCAUUUCACUGCUUGUUCUGAAGAUAUAGCAGAAGUGGGGUCUGUAUAUGGGGAAUUUUCUCUUGUUAUGUCACUCUCUCCAUUUGGAGGUGGUUACACAAAAGUUAGUUGUAUUCAGAGCAACAAUUUUAAUUCAUUAAAUAGGAUUAAAGUUUCAAAACGAAUUUAACAA